UUACUACUCUUGCAUGUGAGGACCCAGUAGCUUCAUUCUUCAUAAAUCAUGCGCGGAGCUACCAGCUCAAAUGCAUCACCCCCUUCAUAAAAGACAUCCACUCACUCUCCUCACAAAUACUGAUGACUACACUUGUGAUGUCUGUAAUCAAGAGCAUUACUACCCCUCUUUCGCUUACCGUUGUUCCGAACACAAAUGGUGCUUCAUGGUCGACCUCAAGUGCGCUACCACUUGGCUCGGCAUCAUUGAAAAUCACCACCACAAAUUCAGGCUCUCUCGAAGGAAGGACAUGGAAUUCAAUUGUGAUGUUUGCGGCAUGAAGGGAUCUAACACCGUCUAUAUCUGUAGCAUCUGUCAGCUCUUGGUCCAUAAAUAUUGCACUUCAUUACCAGGCCACGUUAGAACAAGAGCGCACCCACACCCUCUCAUGCUUAGAUGGUCUGUUGAACGCAUUAUUUACACGAGCGGGGAAGUUUGUAAACUAUGCUAUACGAACAUGGACAAAAGCCGCGGUUUCUAUUAUUGUGAGCCUUGCCGUUACAUUGCCCACAAUACAUGCGCGGUUAAGGAGAGCAUUGGUGAUGAUGAUGAGAUUGGGGCGUCCAAAGCUGAUGUGGCACAACAACAGAUCACCAGUGGGGAUCUGCAGGACAAGAUCAAGCACUUUAGUCAUCAACAACAUUUCUUAACCCUCAUCAUUGGUCAUCAUGAAGAGGUAAUUAUUAGAUGUGCCGAAGAAGAACAACAAAAGUGUCAUUUCUUUCUUCAUACGAACUGUGCUCGAUUACCCAGCGAGAGGCUUCACCCAUUUCACCCACAACACCCCCUCAUACUCCUCUCAAAGGCGCCUUCUAUUGAUGGUGUGUUUGAGUGUGACAUGUGCAACACUUUGAGCCAAGGUUUUGUCUACAGUUGUGAAAAAUGUAACUUCUACCUUGACCUUCAAUGCAAUCUUCUUCCGGACUCACUUGAACAUAAGGCUCACUACUAUCACCCCCUUAUCCUAAACAAAGGGAACAUAGCUCAGAUGUCCUUACAAGGCGACCUAAUUAAAGAGAAGGUAAGUGACUAUUGUCUUGGUUGUGGUUGUCAACCAGUUGUCCGCUUCAGUUGCUUCUUAGGUAAGGAUUGUCCUGUUAACUUCCAUUGUUGUAUUAGAUGUGUUAAACUGCCGGUUAUUGCUAGGCACAAAUAUGUCAACCAUCCUCUCAAGCUCACAUAUGAGAGAGUUACAGACGAUGUUGGAUAUUGUGAAAUUUGUGAAGGAAAACGAGAUCCAAAACAUUGGUUCUACCGCUGCGGAAAAUGCGACUUCGAUUUCCAUUCUGAAUGUGUUCUGGAGAGGUAUCCUCAAAUCAAGUUAGGAAGCAGUUACAAGCAUGAUGCUCACCCACAACCUGUCACCCUUGUUGAUAAGAUCAAGAGCGUCAUUCCCAAGGACAAGCGAUACAAGGAUUUUCUUCCUUGUGAGCUGUGUGGUGAACCUUGCCAAGGAUUGGUGUAUGAAUGUUCCGAGUGUAAUAUAAAUAUCCACCGAAAAGGAUGUUGCCACAAGCAAUAGAGAUGGACGGCAGCUAGCCAGACUUUAGGGGCUUGGUGCGAA